AUGGACCGUGCCUCGAGGCACCCGUUUCCCAGCUCGCCGCGCCCAGGCGUUGGCACAGGAGCCGACGAGGAUCCUUCUGACCCACGUUCCCCUGGCCAAGCCGCCCCUGCACCCGCCAAGCCUCGAGAUCUGACGCCUCGUCCUCAUCCAACGCAGCGCGUCCCGCUUUCCUCUGGCACUGCCGCUGCGGAGUCCAAGCGACCUUCCGAGGCGCGACAGGUUCAGCCAGCCCCCGAGGCAGUGAAACUGGCGAGCACCAGCAGCGUCAAGCGGCUCAAGCGGCUCGGCGAGACCGCUCGCAGCCGGAGCAGCCCGGCCAAGCCGGGUGCAGGUCUAAUCCUGGCAGAAGCGUCGCCGAGCCCCGCCUCGCCGACGCGGGCUCGAUCUCAUCCUCUGCUUUGGCCGCGACCAGCUCGGGAUGCUCCUCAUGUCCGCGAGGGGGAGCCUGGUCCGCCCCUGCCCCCGCCUCCGCAGCGUUCGCCUGUCCAUGGCCCGACGCUGCUGCCCGGAACGGUGGCGGACCCCCUGGGGCCACCUCAGACGCUGCUGGAAGCGCUCGGCGCUGCAGACGCAGCAGAGCAAUCCCGCGCCGGUAGCUCCGGGGAAAGUCGCCGCAAGGGUGUGGUGUCGAGCCCGCCCCUGCCUCAGGCACCUCGUUCUCCCUUCGCCGCCACGCAAGACGAGAGCGUAGGGGGUGACUGGACGCCUUCGACCGCACUGCCGUCGUCUCGCCACCUCGACGAGGGAGCUUCCGCGUCGCACCAUGGCCGACCCUCGAUUCUCAAGCGACGGUCGUGGAAGAAGCUGCACCCGAGGAGCCGGAGCGCCUCGAUCGAUGCGCUCCACAGCCUAACCAGCCUGCCAGGCAUCAGCUCCUUCAAGUCGCUGACGAGCCUACACAAGGGGGACCAGACGACCAAGGAGGGCAGCGUGCCCGCGACACCCGUCUCGAACCUCUCGACCGCCCCUGCCACGCCCUCGGUCGAAGGAGCGGCCUCAUCGUCGGCCUGGUCUUUGUCCUCGUCGCCCGACGACUACUUCCGGGGCGGAGCAAAGAGCAAGCCUGGCGCGCCGAAGCAGCGGAUGGCGACGGACCAAGGUCGCCUGCUUCAGACGGCAGCAGCUGCAGCCGCGGCUCCUCCGACCAAGGCCAUCAUCCGGGACCGGCACGGCCAGCCGGUGCGCAGCCCCUGCAAGCUGCUCUCGCACGACGAUCCGGCCUUGCAGGACUGGGAGAGCUUCGUGCGCGCUUACGCCAACGGUCAGCUCGACCUCAACGCUCCUCUGCCAGCGCCGUCGAAAGGCAGGCCCGAUCCGUCGGUCGUCCCGAGCGGGCCCGCGUCUCCCAGCGAAGGUCCGAUGCUGGCCCCUCGACCGGGCUGGGAGACCGAGAGGCAGCGGUCGCUCCAUCGCCUGCGGAUCGAGGAGAUGCCGCAGGAACGCUGGAUCAAGAUCCAGGAGAUCUGCGACGAGCUGCAGCGCCGGACCCAGUGCCGAGAGAGCAUGUUUGUCGUCGUCGAGAACGACGUCGUACACCUGUGGUGCAGCGGCAGCGAGUUCUUCCCGCCCGGCGUCUACCCGCGAGGCCACCUGCUUUGCUCGCACACCAUCCUCAACCGGAACGAGGGUCUCAUCAUUCCGGACCUCAGCAAAGACUGGCGGACCUCGAACAACCCGCUUCUUGAGGGCGUCCGCUACUACGCGGCGAUGCCCGUGUGCACAGCGGAAGGAGUCCCUCUUGGCGCUCUCUGCUGCCUCUCUUCUGAGCCCAGGAGCGGCAUGGAAGAGUGCGAGGGUGACAGGGCGCUGCUGGCUGAGUUUUCGGUGGCCAUCGCCGCGGAGCUCGAGUCCUGGGCGGCCGAGUGCUUCCGCCGCAAGGUCGACGCCAUCGAGCAGGGCUGGUGGAAGCUGGAGCGGCACCUACGCGAGCGCGGCGAGGUACGGCCGGGAGCCCGCAUCGCGCCACCGUCCGACCUGCUCGACCCUUCGAGGUUCCCGCCACCCUCGCCGACCGACCCGCGCAAGAUUGCCGGCCUCGGCCUGACGGCGACGCGACGCGACAUCGCCGACAUCGAGUUUUGCACGUCGAUCAUCGCCGAUGCCAUCGAUCUCGAGGUGGUGUACGUCGUCGCCGUCGCGUCCCCGGCCGACCGCUGCAGCCUCAUUGGCAGCCACGGCCUGCCCGGUCCGAUCGAGCGACUCAAUCCGGAUCUCUACCUCAAGGCGCUUCACGCUCACGAGGGCGGCCUGGUCUACGAGAAUGCGGCGCGCUUCGAAACGGACCUUGGCGGCACAGACGGCACAAGCGACGACGGCGAUGCGCGCAGGCAGGACGGCAAGUUCCAGGCAGCGGUCUUCUGCCCGAUCUUCUUCAAUCUUCCGGACGGGCGUGCUGCCUCGGAGCUCUCCACCAUCUUUGAAGGUCACACGCCCCCCGUGAGCCGCGACACGCCUGCGCCCGUCCCUUCUUCGACCAGCAACGUCGCCAUUCGACGCUGCUCGAUCCUCUCGACCGAGGCCGGCGCUUCGAUCGGCUUCGUCCUGGCGGCCCUCACGCGAUCCAGGAGGCGCGUCGUCGGGGUCGAGGACCUCCGCUACCUUCAGGGCUUCGCCGACGUCAUCGGCGCGCUUUGGAAAAAGUGCCUGCCAUCGGCGACGACGCCUGGACCAGGAGAAGCGGCCGAUGAGGCGGCCGGCAUCGCCGCAGCCAGGGCGCAGGAGCUCUCGCGCAAGUCGAGGCAGCCCUCGUACAUCGCCGCCAGCAAAAAGGCCAUGAGGGUCACGGGCGAUGGACUGACUGCGCUGAUGAAGGGCAUGCACCUGUCGACGUCGCGAUCCUCGUCCGACCUCGGCUCCGAGGGCGGCAAGCGUCCGCGUCUCCGAUGCCAGCGCACGCUGGGAUCCACCGAGAGCCAGAUGUCCACGAGCAGCGAGUCGACCGCCGCUGCCGAGGCUGAGCCCGAGGUUGCCUCGGCCGUGUCGUCCGGCGGCAAGGGCGGCGAUGGUCCGAGGUCGAGGACCGCGAGCACCGCGUCGUCUUCGGCACUGGGCUCGCCCGCCUUUCGACCCACCGCUGCUCCAGUCACGAUGACCACGGCCGAGGUCGCGUCGCUCCCGGCCCUCUGCCAGCUGCCGUCGACCGACGUCGCGGAUCCCUUCCUCACGGCUCAGCCCAUGGGAGCGCUGCCGGACAGGGGCUUGCUCCCACCACCGCGAAGGUCGAGGCCCCGCGCCAGCGCGCGCUCGGCUUCUCCCUCCUAG